AUGGCGCCUGGUACUCGUCGCGCUAAUCGCGCUGGCUAUGCCGAGCAUGAUGACUUUGAAGGCCUACCCGUCAGGCAAUGGCGCCAGGAAUGGGUCAAUGUCGCACCUCCCAUCGAGCAGGAAACUCUACAAGUAAACGACAUCUGGGCGACCGAACUGAAUCACGGUAUGCCAAAGGAUUACGGACUCUUGACACCUCAUAGCCAAGAACUCUUGCGCGCUGCUCGAUCUGGCCGACUUUACAAGCGGCCCGCGCCCGCAGACGAAGACGAGGCAGAGGCAGAGACAAACACCAACGAGAAGCCCGAAAAGAAGGAGGAAGAGCCCUCGCCAAAGGGGUUCUCAGUCAAAGUCUGGAAACAGAUACCGAGGAACGUGGAAGCGCCAGACAUUCCGCGCCUUGCCAAGCGACGAAGGAACACCGUGACGAUUGCGAGCAAGACUCCCGAAGACAAGGUGCACGGGGCGACUGUCACAAGAGCCACUGUGCGACGUGUCGACGCCGCGGGUAACCCGUACACUGAAGAGGUUACGCUCGGCGAUGGGCAAGCCGUGAGCGGCGAGAUCAUUUCUACACGCGUCGAGACAGUGCAGGCUCCUGCGGCGCCUCUCGCCCAAGUUCAGAACAACCGCCGCCGACCUCCUCCGCCGAAGCGUAAGACCAAGGCUGGACCUGGUCGCGGCAAGAAGAAGAACAGAGGCGGCAUCGCAGGUGGACCUUCACACGCCAUUGUGCCCAACGGCAACGGUGUCGCGAUGCCCAGUCAACCUACGACGGCAGAAAACGGUACUACGAAUGGAAACAAUGACGCUUCGAACCGCGACAGCGAAAUGGCAGAUGGCGACGAGGAUGAAAGUGAGGAUGGCGACGACGGUGAUGAUGAUGACGACGAGCACGGCGAUAGCGACCUCCCGGAUACGAGCAAUGUUGAAGAAAUAAAGGACAACGACGAGACCAUGACCGACGCCCCUCCUAUUCCCGUAGAGGUGAAGGAGACGGCGGCAAAUGACGCGGCAGACGACAAGCCACCCGCCAACCCACUGUCAUUAGCACCACCGCUUGCCUCGGUUACCAGCGAUUUGCCGUCUAGAGUAGAAGGAAGCCCCCUGAAGAAUGUUGUUCUGCCAUCGCCAACAGAGGCCAAAGUACCAGACGUGCUCAAAGAUCUUGUCAAGCCAGUGGACGGCGAGACGGGCUCGACAGUAGCCGAGCCCCCUUCUACUAUUGUCGGCGAAGAGCCCGAGGCGGCAGAGAACCGCGAUCUCGAGCUCGCUCCAAUUCCCAGCGAAGCGCUACUUCCUCCACCACCUGAACAGGUUGGUAACAUUGCGACCCCGAAAGCUGACGAUGCCUCGUCGAGGGUGUCGGACAAUGAGGAAAAGAGCAAAGAAUCCGAGCACACGCACACGGAAAAGUCGUUUCAGCAUCAGGAUUCCAUUUUGACGGAAGAUACCAUCAAGCCCGAGGAUUCGGCGUCUGUGCGGUUCCCGCUUACAGAGUCUGGCGCCCCCUCCGAAGUCGGCACCGCAUCGGUAGACGAGACUAAGGAUCUCGCUCCUCCACCGGCUUCUGGCCCGGACGAGAGCCAAGCUCAGCCGGAGCAUGCGCCUGCACCGACCAUUGUUGAGGAACCUGCCCUGGAGGCUGCCCUGGAGGCUCAGCCGGAGCAAGAUGAGGCUCCUGCUGUCGAAGAGCCUGUAGAAGAGCCGGCAUCGAAGCCGGAAGAGUAUUCAGCGCCGCCGGCCACCACUGUCGAAGAGCCUGAGCCGCAAGUUACAACCGAAGCCGCUCCUCCAGCGCCGCCGUCGCUGUCGCCGUUGCCCGUCGCCUCGACGCCGCCCGCCGAGCGAGAGACGAAGCCGGAGCCCGACACCGCCGAAGAGCCCGUCAAGGCAGCGGACCUUGCGCCCAUCGCAGAACCAGACGGCGAGGUGAGACCUGCAGAGGCACCGCCGCCGCUGCCGCCUGCAGAGCCCAGCGUAGACAGUGCACCAGAAGAGCCCAAGGUUGUUGAGCUGCCACCUGUCGUGGAGCCUGCUGCUACUGCUGUGGAGCCGGCACCAACAGACUCGGAAGUGAAGAAGGAAGAUGAUGCCGUCGCUUAG